AACCCUUCACAUGCACUCAUUGUGGGAAAAGUUUUAACUGCUCAUCACACCUUAAUCAACACAUGAUGAUCCACACUGGAAAGAAACCAUUCACAUGCACUGAGUGUGUGAAGAGUUUCAAACAAUCGUCACACCUUAAUCAACACAUGAGGAUCCACACUGGAGAGAAACCAUACGUAUGCACUCAGUGUGGGAAGAGUUUUAACUGCUUAACAAACCUUAAUCACCACAUGAGGAUCCACACUGGAGAGAAACCAUUCAAAUGCACUCAGUGUGGGAAGAGUUUCAGCCAAUCAUCAUACCUUAAUCUACACAUGAGGAUCCACACUGGAGAGAAACCAUACGCAUGCACUCAGUGUGGGAAGAGUUUUUACUGCUCAUCACACCUUAAUCACCACAUGAGGAUCCACACUGGAGAGAAACCAUUUACCUGCACUCAAUGUGGAAAGAGUUUUGGAAGAAAAGGCCAUCUUAAGAUUCACAUGAGGAUCCACACUGGAGAGCAACCAUUCACAUGCACUCAGUGUGGAAGGAGUUUCAACCGAUCAUCACACCUUAACAAUCACAUGAAAAUCCACACUGGAGAGAAACCAUUCACAUGCUCUCAGUGUGGGAAGAGUUUCAACCAAUCAUCAUACCUUAAUAAACACAUAAGGAUCCACACUAGAGAGAAACCAUUCACAUGCACCCAGUGUGGGAAGAGUUUCAACCAAUCGUCACACCUUAAUAAACACAUGAAAAUCCACACUGGAGAGAAACCAUUCACAUGCACUCAGUGUGGAAAGAUUUUCCGCCAAUCAUCAUCCCUUAAUCGACACAUGAUGAUCCACACUGGAGAGAAACCAUUCACAUGCACUCAGUGUGGAAAGAGUUUCAACAUAUCAUCUCACCUUAAUCACCACAUGAGGAUCCACACUGGAGAGAAGCCAUUCACAUGCGCUCAGUGUGGAAAGAGUUUCAACCAAUCAUCUCACCUUAAUUAUCACAUGAUGAUCCACACUGGAAAGAAACCAUUCACAUGCACUCAGUGUGCGAAGAGUUUCAACCAAUCAUCACACCUUAAUCUACACAUGAUGAUCCACACUGGAGAGAAACCAUUCACAUGCACUCAUUGUGGGAAAAGUUUUAACUGCUCAUCACACCUUAUUCAACACACGAGGAUCCACACUGGAGAGAAACCAUUCACAUGCACUCAGUGUGGGAAGAGUUUCAGCCACUCAUCACACCUUAAUCUACACAUGAGGAUCCACACUGGGGAGAAACCAUUCACAUGCACUCAGUGUGGGAAGAGUUUCAGCCAAUCAUCACACCUUAAUCUACACAUGAGGAUCCACACUGGAGAGAAACCAUUCUCAUGCACCAUUUGUGGGAAAAGUUUUAACUGCUCAUCACACCGUAAUCAACACAUGAGGAGCCACACUGGAGAGAAACCAUACACAUGCACUCAGUGUGGAAAGAGUUUCAGCAAAUCAUCAUCCCUUAAUAAACACGUUGAACGAACUCAUGGGCAUAUUGCAGUGGUCAACACAAGCUGAAUCUGAAAUCCUGGGCAUCUGCAAAUUGUCUCUGUCUUUAACUGGCUUAAGGGCUUAAACCAUCACGAUAACAAAGCACCAAUACUUUGGCCGCAGAUGUUCCAGGUACCCUUCAGCAAAAUUAGUAAAUGAUUUAAACUAAACAAAGGGGCUUUACAGGAUUUUCAGCAGGAACCGCCUCACGAGACUUUUAAAUGACUCCUCUACAUGGUCAUGUGCUUUGGGCACAUCCUGUCAGAUGCACAAUUUCAUAGAGACAAAGAGAUCUCUAGAAACAUUAAUGCAUACAAAUGAAAGACAAUCUCUUAAAAUAUUAGAAUGUUUUAACCCUUAAAGCAGAUUAAAUUGAUCUGCGUGUGUCUGAAAUGUAUGAUAUCUGGUCUUGAAUGAAAGCUAGUGACAUUUGCAAUCUGUUGGUUUAAAUGAAAAACUAGUAGUACAAACAGUAUUCAUCUUGUAACAUUUGAUGUAAGAUAAUUUUAAUCUUGCAAGAGUUUUACCAUGUAAAAUUUACAUGCAGUCUGUUAAUGAUUGACCCUUUCUACGUGGGCACGCGGUGUGGCCCCGCCCUUCAUGGCAACUGCUCAUUGGCAGGCAGUGCCAUAGGGAUGGAUCAGACCAGGUCACUUAAAAACACCCUGCAACAAAGAAACUUUGCUUUGAAACCGCACGAACUUCCGCAAACCGACAUUCAGCAGUCCGUCACCUUAGUAACCCAGAACUACCCACCCACGAGCGAGGGAAUUCCAAGGAUGUCACAGAAGCCACCAGCCAAUCAGGAGCACUGUGUUUACCCAAGGCCAACUGGUGAGGGAGAUUCAUCUUCAGCAAAGGUGCAAGUAACAAACAAACGUUGUCUCUUGCUGAUCUGGAGCAGAUUGAUCGUAAGCAGUUAAAGAUAAGCCAUAUCUCUGCUUUUGUGGUUUCUCAGGUGUGAUUCUAAGAUCUUGUUAGAAGUUUGUAACGAACAAACGUUACAUGCUUUGUGUUACAAGGUGGUGUUACAAGUUUUAGAAUGAAUUUGGGAUGGUUGUUAACUCUUUACAUCCUCUGAACUGCCUCUGUGUGUGCGAGUUUGUUUGUUGUUUGCUUAUUACGUAGUUAGUUUCAUGUAUCGUAGUGUAGCUCAAUAAAUCUU